AUGCAUAACGGAAAGAUCCACCUCACGCCUGACUUGGGCAGCAACACGGAGGGUGGUAAUAUUUUUCCCAUGACUAGAGCUGUCUAUCCGCAUCAGCAUGUUAUGCCGGCAUAUGCUUUGUCCGGUAUGAACUAUCAGCUCGGAAAUGAACAGCUCAAUGUACACGCAGAUUACAACUCGGAAACUGUACCUGAUGCGUUUUACGACGGAAUUGUGAAUCCCAUGUACAAUUUCGAAUCUCCCUACCUGUAUCGGGAGAACACGAGCAAUGUUCCGGAAAACGGUAACCGUGUGGUGAACGGCGGCGUCAAAGAAUAUCCAGAAGGCGCCAAACUAUACACGGAAAAUGAAAGACCAGAGAGUAGGUUCGCCUACGGCACCAAGGAAGCAGGGUACUACCCGGGAUGGCAUUACAAUGGAUAUCAAUAUAUGGGUGGAUACGGUAAUUCCUUACCGCCGACUAUGAACUACGGUGUUUCCCACCAUCCAAAACAUAUGGCGCAACCGCAUGCUCAUAUGUCCUCGCUCAGUACGGAGUGCGAUAUGAGUUCUACGCAGCUGCAUUACAGUUCCGGGAGUCGCGAACUUUGUCAACAUUCAACCUAUGCGUCUGACAGCACUCAAUCGGCGGAACAAUCAGUCGCUAGUGAAUCCUCCCCAAUGAUGCGAGCCACAUCACCUCUAGUGACUCCUCCGAAAAAGGAUUCACCCGCCAUGCACAGCGCUGAAUUAAACGUUACACAUGAAGUGGUCAACGGACCAUUGGUCUACAGGAAUGGGUUUAGCGGCGCGUUUUACAAUGACCAAGUUUCACGGCAAAAUGGAGAGGACAUUGGUGACCGGGGUUACAUGGACAACGGGUUUCAUGGAGAAGACAAGCAUGUAGUGAGCGGGCACAACGGAUGGAACGACAUAACGUACCCAAAUUAUGUGGCGGUGUCGGGAAUGAACACCAUGAAAGAUGCAGCUAACCAUCGCCACGCCGUCAUGCCGCGAUUCUACAAUGUCCCGCAAGCGCACUACGUCCCGCCCGUAGUGUAUCAUACCAAUGGAUGGGCUCAAAAGGGUUACGGUGGGGACACUAUUUCGCCGAAUCGAUACGCCGCAAUACCAGAUGGUACCAGCUAUUACGAUCAGAGUACCGACAUCGGGGCCAUGAAAUCAGAAGAAUACCUUGAUCGAAGCAUGACGGAUAUCAAUGGAAAUCAGAUGGAUCAGUCCAAUACCCAACACGUGGCGUCCCAACUGUCAGGUGUGUACGACUACGGUUACGAUCGCGGACAAUCGUCAAAUGACUUCUACAACCAAGGAAAUAUGAGCAAUUCCGGCACGCCGCAGCGCUCAACGGGAAUGGAUUACGGCGAGGAGCCGCUGGAGAGCUCACCCGAGAGUAGCGAAGGCAUCAACCAAGACAUCAGCAUCGAGAGCCAAAAAAUUCUGAAUCGAUCCAACAUCGACUUCCUACGCAUGAGUGACUCGCUGUGGCAGACCCUGCGAAGCACGGGUAUGUUCAAGCUGGGUAACAAGGGACGAGCCAUACUCAAGUCGAAGAUAUCUAAACAACUGAAAAUGAAUCCGCAACUACGUAUGCGAGCGCUGUGCAUUUCUGGUGUUCGCCGCGCAACAACGAGGCAACUAUUCCAGUUGGCACAGAUCUGUGGCAUCAAGUCGCACCUUAAGUGA